AUGCCGACGUACAUCAUAACGGGCGCGAACAGAGGUCUGGGUCUCGAGUUCGUGCGCCAACUCUCCGCGGACAACGACGACAACAACAUCAUCGCCGCGGUGCGGAGCUUACAAGGCGAGCUGGACGAUCUCAAACAACUCGCUUCCCGGUCCGGCUCCGGCGCGAAGAGCAAAGUCCACAUCCUCGAAUGCGACACGGGCGACGUCGCGUCGAUCCAGGCCUUUGGUGACGCCGUCAGGGCCACCCUCGCCGGCAAGCCCGUCGACUACCUCGUCAACAACGCCGGCAUCAACGCCACCCCCGAGGAGACCAGUCUGGACAUGACGGCCGAGAGUCUGCGGAGGCAUAUCGACGUCAACGUCGUGGGGCCGGCGGAGACGGUGAAGGCGCUGUUGCCGUGUCUGCGCGAGGGCAGCGCGGUGAUGAACAUGAGUAGUGGGUUGGGGAGUUGCGGGAAGAAACUACCGAAAUGCACGACGUACUCCAUCUCCAAGGCCGCCCUGAACAUGUUGACGGUGCAUCAGAGCGAGCAGCUGAAGGACCGCGGCAUCAAAGUCAUUUGCAUGGAUCCCGGCUGGGUCAAGACACGAAUGGGCGGCGAAGGCGCAAUUCUCGAACCCGACGUCAGCAUUUCAGGAAUGCUCAAGACCCUGCACACCCUAAAGGACUCGGACUCGGGCAAGUUCUACACGUACACGGGGGAUUUGGUGCCGUGGUAG